GGCAAAAAUGCAAUUGGCCCAAAUAAUGCUCGCCAUAGAAGAUGAAGUUUAAGAAGCUAGCGACGGUAAUAGUGGCUUACUGCUCCUCAGUUGUUGCAAGUGUCUGGUGGGAGCAGUAGUCCACUCCCUAAAGAGCGUUUUCGGACUACGGACCAGUGAGGGAGCAGCUGAGCGAGUCCACAAACACCCAAACACAACACAUAAAAAAGAGUAAAGUAGGGGAGAGGAGUAGAUUGAAUUGAUAGAUAAUUUUCACAUUAAGAGUGGGAGGGAAUUGGCAUUAAUACAGGUAAUCAGAGAGCGUUCGUUCGUUGUGUUUUCUGAAUUAUGGGUGUUGUGUCGACGGAAUCUUUACCGCUUGGGUUUAGAUUUAGACCCACCGACGAGGAGCUCAUCAACCAUUACCUGAGGCUCAAAAUCAACGGCCGCCAUGACGAGGUUCAGGUCAUCCCCGAAGUUGACGUCUGCAAGUGGGAGCCCUGGGAUUUGCCUCAGCUUUCAGUCAUAAAGACAGAUGAUCCAGAAUGGUUCUUCUUUUGUCCACGCGAUAGGAAGUAUCCAAAUGGGCAUCGCUCCAACAGGGCCACUGAUGCUGGUUACUGGAAAGCAACUGGCAAGGACCGUACCAUUAAGUCUCACAGAUCGUCUCCCUCUAGUAACUCCAGCACCCACUUAAUUGGCAUGAAGAAGACUCUUGUUUUUCACAGGGGUCGUGCUCCUAAGGGUGAGCGUACCAAUUGGAUCAUGCAUGAAUAUCGUGCCACUGAACCGGAUCUUGACGGAACUGCCUCUGGCCAGGCUGCCUAUGUCCUCUGUCGGUUAUUUCAUAAGCCUGAUGAGAAGGCUGACAGUUCUAAAUAUGAUGAAGUUGAACCAAGUGGUUCUUCCCCAAACACAGUCAAGUCAUCACCCGAUGAUGCAUCAUCAGAUCUGUUUCAAGAACGAUUAAUCCUUGAUAUGCAGGUUCGCAAGCAACCAGCAGGUAUUGAGAGGUGGCUGACAGAUAAAUCAGAUGAUGUGACCUCUAAUAGUCUUCUGCAUGUUGAAAGCUGCACGUCAGAUGUUGAAGAUCACUUAAUAGAAGCAGCCAUUACAGAGGUAUAUCCAACUACUGGAGGACAUCCAAUGUGUCAUGAAUCCAGAGAUGGUCUCGAUUGCAAGGUCUUCUCCCCAUUAGUGUCUCAGAAUCACACAGAGAUAGGAUGUCCUGAUUCACCUUUUGCUGAUGACUUUGGCUGCAAUCAGAAGGGGAUGCACUUUCAGGAUGGCACCUCGGAACAGGAUGUUUCUCUGACAGAACUAUUGGAUGUCCUUCAGAAUUAUGAUGCAUAUCCUUGUAAGGAGUCAACAAGUGAGAAGUUUCUAUAUGUUGGUAGCAGAAGCAUGUUACCUGACCAGCUACAUGAAGGGCCGGCUGGAAACUGCAAUCCCAGGGAUUGGGGUGCAUUUGGGAAGGCAGGCGAAGAUAUGGUCAUAGAACAGACUCGAACAUGUCCAAGAUCCUUCCAGUCUCAAGCACCAAUUCGUGAUGCAGACUCCAGACUGAGUAACGAUGGUGCAUCUCAUGAUCAUUAUGCCGAUCCUGUCAGUCUUGGUGGCGAUCAUCAGGAAGGAACUGGAAUCAAGAUUCAUAGACGUCAGGCAAGCAAUCGACCAGGUUGUGAAAACCUGGCCAAACAAGGCACAGCAGCAAGGAGAUUCCGCCUACAGGUGGAUUCUGCUCCAAUCCCUAUUCAUGAUGGGAAAUACAGCAGGGCCAAGAGCUUUAGCAAUGAAGAACAAGACGAACGCUCGGUUACAACUGAGGAUGACGAGUAUUCCGAAUCUUCAUGCACAUCUAAUGAGCCAGAGGGGGGAAGCAGUAGCAGUGAGAGUGGAACAAGUGCGCGAAAAUUCAAAGCUGGACUUGCGUUGACAAAUAAAGAAGCUGAUGAGAAAGACAAAGUGAAAUGGAAGAAAUUUCUUCUGAGGCCACCGGGUGAUAGCAGCGGAACCGGUUCUUUGACAGUUUAUGGCGUGAGCAUGUAUCUUGUGAUGGUCCUGUUUAUAUUGUUUGUUUUCCUAUGGAAAUGCCCUAAUUUCUUUGCAUUGCACAUCUGAAAUUGUUCAUGUACAUCCAGUAGGCAUUAUGUUUUUUCCUUUUUAGAAAUAAUUUCUGGAGGCUGGUUGCUGAGCCAUUUAGAUUGGGUUGUAAUUUGUAAGGUCUGCACCUUUAUAUAAUUAUAAACAUGUAGCUUCAUUUUGUGUUGUA